AUAGAGACAGAGUUUAGCAACAGACAUGGCUUUCCACCAAAGAUCUAUUAGCUUGCCUUCUAGGCCUCUCUCACACAUUGAAGAGGAGCUGCACAGCAUAGAGGCAUGCAUCUCUUCACCAUCCCUGACCAUCCAGACGAUCUCAGAUGGUUUGAGGAGGCUUGGAGACAUCUACAGCUCAAUUGAGGAGAUAAUAGUGUGCCUGCCUAGCAACCAAGCUUGCACAUCUCAGCAGAGGAAGUUGUUGGAUGGAGAGAUGGAAUGUUGCCUUGAGCUACUGGAUCUCUGCAACGCUAUGAGCGAGUUUUUCACUGAGCUGAAGGCCAUCGUUCAAGAUCUGCAAGUGUCUCUCAGAAAAAGAGAUGAUGCAGUUGUUCAAGCCAAGAUCCAAUUAUACAUCCGCUUGGUGAAGAAGGCGAAGAAGUAUUCCAAGAAGACCGUGAAGAAGGUUGUCUCCAACAAGGACUCCAACAUGGUCAAGCUGUUGAGUGAGGCUAGAGAGAUUGCUAACUCUCUAGUCGAGUCAACAAUGCACCUCUUGUCGAAGCAAAUCGAGAUGCCAAAAUUGACUCUCAUCUCCAAGGCGUUCCAGAAGAAAAACCCGGUGAUUUGCAAUGAGGAGCAGCUGCAGGCGUUAGAGUGCUGCAUUGGAGAUCUUGAGGCUGGAGCUGGAUUUCUGUUCAGGAGAUUGGUCCAGAUCAGGGUUACUCUCCUGAACAUUCUCUGCUCAUAGAUACUCCUCAAGAUCUAUCACUCUCAAGACCCUGUGAUUGGCAGCCGGUUUUUAAAGGAUUUGCUGAUCCUUACCUUGUAUAUGUUAUAGAUAUACAGUGUACAGAAAAAAGUUAUACA